AUGGCUUCUAACAAGACAACUGAGCUUAUAGGUGUUACAAGAAGCCAAACUUGUACUACACAACUACCAACAGGAAAAAAAGUACCCAUCAAAACUCAAGUGCACAAUGCUAUAGUGUCAACUUCUAAAGUAUCAGAUUUACUUCCAAAAAAAAGACAAAAUACUCGAAUAUCAUUAAAUGAACAGAGAAUCGAGCAGCCUAGUCAAGAAUUAAUGAAUGAACAGAAAAUCAAGCAGCCUAGUCAAGAAUCAACCAAUAAACAGAUAAUUGAGCAGCCUAGUCAAGAAUUAAUAAAUGAACAGAGAAUCAAGCAGCCUAGUCAAAAACUAGUGAAUAAACAAAGAAUCAAGCAGCCUAGUCAAGAAUUAACAAAUGAACUAAAAAUCGAGCAGCUUAUCAAGCAGCAUCAUCAAAAAUCAACAAAUGAACAGAGAGUCGAGGAAAUUGUUGAUGAUGAAGAAAAUGAAUACUACUUAGAUGAAGAUAAUAAUUGUGAAAAGGCAUAG